AUGGCCAACCGGAUGAAGGAAGACGAGAGAAUUGAAAGAAUUAUCCGCGGUCUAUCGAGGCUUCCUGAGAAUCGAAGAUGCAUUAAUUGCAAUGGUUUGGGUCCACAAUAUGUUUGCACAACUUUCUUGACAUUCGUUUGCACAAACUGCAGUGGAGUGCAUCGAGAAUUCACUCACCGAGUAAAAUCGGUGUCAAUGGCUAAAUUCAGUGAAGAAGAAGCUAGUGCUCUUCAGGCAGGGGGAAAUGAGCGAGCAAGGCAAAUUUAUUUUAAAGAUUGGGAUACGCAGCACAAUUCAUACCCUGAUGGCAGUAAUCUUCAUAGACUCCGGGAUUUUAUUAAGCAUGUCUAUGUGGAUAGAAAAUACACUGGAGAGAAGACUAUUGCUAAGCUCUCAACACUGAGAUUGAAUGACAAAGAGGAGUCUCAUAGCAGGAAGGUUAGUGCAUACAAGCGUGGAUCUAGAAGCCCACAUUACGAGAAAAAACACGAGCAGCGUCAUAACGAAAGAUCUAGUCCUGGUGGAAGAAGUGUGGAUGGAAAUUUCAAAUAUUAUUAUGAUGAAAAAAGAAGUCCUCGAUAUGCCCAAGAAAAUUCAAGAUAUGGAGGUUCUAGGGUAACUCCUGCCCGCUUUGAGGUUGUUGAUGACAGGUUUCGAGAUGAUGAGCAUGGUAGCCGUAGGUUCUCAAAUACAGAAUCCAAGCCAGGAAUCAGGUCAUCUGACUUUCAAAAGAACAUGGAUACGUGCGGUUCCCCAGUGGUACGGCCUGUUAGAGAUGUUUUAGGAGGCAGUAGUACUCCCCUACAGGUAGGCGAUCUUUCUAAAGCAAUCGAUGGGACGGCUGCAGAUGGUUCUGCCCAUAAUCAGAAAAUAGUGUCUUCCAGUGACCAGGGUUCCAUUGAUAGGACUCCAGCAGAACAUAAACGCAAAUGUUCAGGAAGCUUGAUUGAUUUUAAUACUGAUUCUGAGCCCCUUCAUGCUGAAACCAUACCACGGACAGAGCAGGUGCCUCACUCAGAUAGUGGUGGCUACUGGGCCUCAUUUGAACAUCCCGCAAAGAAGGUGCAAGCUCCAAGUGAAAAUAGUUUGGAAUCUUUAUUAUUCGAAUUGUCAGUACCCUCAGUUCUACCUGCUAGUCACAUGAUGUCUGAAGGGCCUAACAAUGAUGCACUAUCACCAGCAACAGAAGGCAACAUCCCUGCAGGUGGUUUUCUGCUGGCUGCAAGUGUGCAGCAGAUGUCAGCAUUGCCCACUAGUGCCAGUGGUUCUACAAAUGUAUUGACUGGUAACGGUAUGGCAUUAGUUCCUUAUGAUGGAGGUGCUCCACAAGCUGCAGAUGGUGGGAGUGCUGACUCCACUAUUAAAAUUCCUGACAAACAAGAACUAUCAAUCAUGCAACAGAUAAGUCCAACUUUUGGAACUCCGAAUUAUCAGCCAUGGAUUUACUCAACUCUACCUAAUAGACAAGGGCCUUUGAGUGCUUCUGCUGAACAAUCUUCUCAAGCUGUCUCAAAAUCAGAUCAAGGCACCAGUUUUGGAGUUGGAGCUGAACCUCUUUCAGUGGAAACCAAGCCUAGAGGAAGAAAGGAACUUCCUGCGGACCUUUUUACUGCAAGCUACUCAACAGUCACUGCACCAGUUCCAGGUUGGCAAAAUGGUUCUCCUUAUGGCAUGGGAUUCAACAUACAGUAUUAUUCUAAUGCAAUGCCUGUGCCAGCAUUUCCUAACUCAGCAAGAUCGGCAAACCCAUUUGACCUUAAUGAUGAAAGAACUCAAGUGCAGGCCCCACCAUUUCCUUCCAUGGCAUCUUUACAAGGUGCACUGCCGAAUGUGUCACCUGCUAGCAGCUUAUUGAGUACUUCCAGCCUUGAUACCCAGUCUUUGGGUUUGAUGGCAUCUCAAUCACCAUCUUAUGCAUCUGCAGUGCCUCCUCCACAUUCACCAUCUUUUGUAUCAGCCAUGCCUUCUGGUGCAUACAUGGGACUACAAGUACAUAAUAAUGUCCUACCAUCCAGAGCACAAGGAGUUGGUGGAUUUGGCAGUGAUGGAGCUAUAUUUGGAUCCUUGAACACAAAUCAACAGUCAGCUGGAAGAUACUCGGCACCAAGCACCCCAAAUUCUUUUUCUUCAAUGGGAGGAAACCCUUUUGGAUAAAUAAAAGAACAAAAAGUUUUUGCAUCCCAUUUGCUGUCAUUUUCUUUUUGCCUCCUAACAUCUUCAGGAAGAAGGCUGCUUUCUUUUUGAUUGCAGAUUAAACUAAACGAGUAAUCUGAAUGGGGGGUUUGUCUUUUAUAUUUCUGCCUAGUGAAGAGUAUAAGAAUAUUACAAAUGCUCAGAGAAGUGCAUGGACAAAUUCAUCCCAGACCAAGAUUCUCUUCAAGAUCAUGGUAUUUGCAGAUCAACUUAUUGCAUAUUUCCUGCUGCCUUAAGGGCUUCCCUCCUUCCCUGUGAUAUGUUUGUCUUCACAGCAUUGUGAUCUUACCUGUCUGCUGUCACCAUGAUAAUACUGAACUGUAGCUAGAGCUCUUUGAUUGGUGUAAAUAUGAAAUGAUAUAUUUUUUAUUCAAUAAACUUGAGAAAGAGAACCAGGGCACUAUAAUGGUAUG